UGUUAUUGUCCCUGGUGAGCACAAGGUUCUAAUAUGGACGCUGGAAUCAAGCGAAAACACUUCCAAAUUGAGGAUGAAUUCGGUAAAACUAAGAAGCAUGCAGCAGAUGCAGAACCUCCAAAGACCACUAUCGUAUUUACACUUGACGAAAAAGUGGGAGCUUUAGUUAGAGCUCUGAAACUAUUUGAGGAGCAUCAAGUCAACAUGUCCCACAUCGAAUCCCGUCCAUCCAAAUCCUCCAAAACGAGGUACGAUUUUUUUGUUGACUGUGAAGGUCUGAAUGGGAACAAGCUUAGCCAGUUUGUUGAAUCACUGAAAGAAAAAGCAGCGAGCAUCACUAUCCUUUCUGAUGAUGAAGGCUCAGGCUCACAGUCAAAGUAUGACGAUGUGCCAUGGUUUCCACAGAAGAUCUCAGAUAUUGACAAGUUUGCCAACAGGGUUCUCAGCUAUGGUGCAGAACUAGAUUCAGAUCACCCUGGAUUUACUGAUCCUGUGUACAGAGCCAGAAGGAAAGAAUUUGCAGACAUUGCAUUUAACUACAGACAUGGCCAGCCAAUCCCAAGAGUGACGUACACAGAGGAGGAAAUCCGUACCUGGGAUUUGGUGUUUACUGAACUAACCAAACUCUACCCAACCCAUGCUUGCCGUGAGCACAAUUUUGUGUGGCCACUUCUAGUGCAGAACUGUGGAUACAGAAUUGGUAACAUACCACAACAGCAAGAUGUGUCUGACUUUCUAAAGAAGUGUACAGGAUUCACUUUGCGCCCAGUGGCUGGUUUAUUGUCCUCUCGUGAUUUCCUUGCGGGACUUGCUUUCCGUGUCUUUCACAGCACACAGUAUAUUCGUCAUCCAUCAAAACCAAUGUACACACCUGAACCUGAUAUUGUCCAUGAGCUAAUUGGCCAUGUACCAUUGUUUGCUGAUCCUGACUUUGCACAGUUUUCACAGGAGAUUGGAUUAGCUUCUCUUGGUGCCCCCGAUGAAUGGGUUGAAAAGCUUGCCACUCUGUACUGGUUUACAGUAGAGUUUGGUCUUUGUAAACAAGAUGGAGAGAUCAAAGCAUAUGGUGCUGGCUUGCUGUCUUCCUUUGGAGAAUUGCAAUAUGCAUUGUCUGACAAGCCAGACAAACGUCCACUGGAGUUAGACAAGACAACUGUACAGAAAUAUCCCAUCACUUCCUAUCAGCCAAUUUACUUUGUGGCUGAGAGUUUCAAGUCUGCUCGUGAUAAAAUCAGGGAGUUCUCUGCUCAGAUUCCAAGACCAUUCAAUGUUCGCUACAACCCCUACACACAAACCGUGGAAGUGAUUGACUCCAAGGACCAGCUGGUCAAACUGACCAGCGACAUCAGAUCAGAUGUCAGUACAUUACUGAAUGCAUUAGAAAAGUUACAAUAAGAAUAUGGUUUGUCUUUCUAUGGCAUUUAUGGUAUUUAUAGUUUGAUACACUAGACAUAAUGUCUGUGAAGUGAGUAAUGUAAAAUUCAUUAGAUAAGUUACAAUAAGAUUAAGGUUGGUCUUUCUGUACCAUGGUAUAAUAAAAUAAUAACACGUAUUUAUAGUUUGAUACACUAGACAUAAUAUAUGUGGAAUGAGUAAUGUAAAACGGAUUAGACAAGUUACAAUAAGAUUAAGGUUUGUGUUUCUAUGGCAUGGUAUAAUGAAAUAAUAAUACGUAUUUAUAGUUUGAUACACUAAACAUAAUAUUUGUGAAGUGAGUAAUGUAAAAUGAAUUAGAUAAGUUACAAUAAGAUUAAGGUUUGUCUUUCUCUGCCAUGGUAUAAUGAAAUAAUAACACGUAUUUAUAGUUUGAUACAAAAAACUUGUUUUCAAAACGGUUUCUUUUUACUGUAAGAAAAAAUAUAUUGCAGGAUAUUUGUACUCACUCUAAGCUUUUUCCUGCAAUAUUUGUACUCUACUGAGAUAGUUGCAUAGCAAUAAUACGUAUUUAUAUUUUCUCACGCAAUGUGAUUUGGUUUGACAGUUCCAUGACCUUGACGUGACCAUGUUCGCGCCGUGUUGCGGGUAUUUGAUUGGAUGGAGAUUUUAUUCUUCUGCAAUAUGAUUGGUCUGACAGUGCCGAGAGCUUGGCGUGACCGUGUCUGCGCGGUGUUCGUGGCAUGUUUCAGGCAUUUGAUUUAUUGAGUAAAUUUGAGUAAUGUAAUCCUUUAUAUGACACAUCUUGGUAUGCUUGAUAUGCAGUGGGAUGCAAACUUCUGAAAGGAAAAUAAGUUCCCAUUCUUUGUUAUUUUUAUAGUUGUCACAAUAAACUACUAUCAGCUGUA